AUGGAAUCCGAAUCUUUAUUACAACUUUCUCAGGAUCUUGGAAACUUUUUCGAAAAUGAAAAAAAUUAUGAUAUGAUCAUUAAGGCUGGUUCCGAUGAUGAUAUAGAAGAGUUUAAAGUUCACUCCAUUAUUUUGAGAGCUCGUUCUUCCUAUUUUUGCGCUGCGUUUUCAAAAAAUUGGAUUCAAAAGGAAAAUGAAUAUAUUACCUUUACAAAACCAAACGUUUCACCAAAGGUGUUCGGCUUUAUCUUAAAGUACUUUUAUACAGGAAAACUUGAAUUUAAUAAUUAUGAACCCGUAGAUCUACUAUUAAUUUUAGUUGCGGCAGAUGAAAUGAAUAUUGAAGGAAUUGUAAAAUAUUUAUUACAACAUUUGAUUGACAAUUAUCAAGGUUUCCUGAGUAAAGAUCCUUUACGUAUAUUACAAACCGUAUUAUUACAUGAAGCGUGUUCACUUUUGAAAGAUUAUUGCUUUGAUUAUAUCUGUGAAAUACCUAAUUUAUUAUUUGAUUCCGAAGAUUUCAUAUCCUUGGAUAAAGAGAUCCUUUUGAUUUUAUUAAAGAGAAACGUUUUAUUUAUGGAUGAAAUUGAGAUCUGGAAUUACUUAAUCAAAUGGAGCGUUGCUCAAGUGACACCCGCUCUUGAUAUUGAAGAUAUAUCUAAUUGGUCCUCAAACGAUUUUACCUCGGUAAAAGAUUGGAUGUCGGAUUUUAUUCCAUUAAUUAGAUGGUUAGAAAUAUCCCCUGUUGACUUCAAACGAUAUGUCAUACCACUAGAAAAAGUUCUUUCAAAGGAUUUAUUUAUGGAAAUCAUAUAUACCGAUACCUCAAAAUGUAUAACUGGUAAUAUCUCACGCAUAGAUCCUGAUGAAUCGGAUAGAGCUAUUUUAUAUAAUAGGAAGUUUGGUCCUAGUUUUGGUGGUGCCCCUAACCUUGCUUUAACCAAUAAUCAAGUAUAUUGUUAUAAUUCUAAUUCUUAUCCCGGUUCGGAAUCUUUUAUCUCCGUAGGUCUGACAGAAAUGGCAAAUUAUGAAGUAUUUCAAAUUAUAGAAAUUAAAAAUCAUUAA